AUCAUCAUUUCAUUAUAAAUAGAGGUUGAUCUUAAGUUAAAUUUCUUCACACAACACACAUAGUUACAUACGUACAUUGAAAACAAAAUAGUGAUUUUCAUCAUGGCUAAUAAGUUUGCUUCCAUCAUCACUCUUAUCUUCGCUGCUCUUGUUCUCUUUGCUGCUUUUGAAGCACCAUCAAUGGUAGAAGCACAAAGAUUGUGUGAGAGAUCAAGUGGGACAUGGUCAGGAGUUUGCGGAAACAAUAAUGCUUGCAAGAAUCAGUGCAUUAACCUUGAGGGAGCGCGACAUGGAUCUUGCAACUAUGUUUUCCCAGCUCACAAGUGUAUCUGUUACUUCCCAUGUUAAUCUUCCAAAAGUAUUUGAUACUUAAACGUGUGUGUAUUUUACAGUGUUCAAGAAAACGGUAUAGGCGGCCGCUUAGGCGCUAGGCGCUCAUAGUUGAUGGCUGGUUUCUCCACCACAUAUUUGUUCUCUGUUAAUAUCUAAGUUGCUGCUUUGGCUUUGAGCUAAUGCUAUAUGCCUAAAUCGUUUACAUAGGUGGCGCUUAAUCUGA